CCUAAAGUAACAUAUUUAUCGCCAGAAAUACAAAAUGAGUUCAUAAAUGUUUUAGCUAAUCAUGUAAAAUGUCAGCUUGUAAACGAAAUUAAAUCGGCAAAAUAUUUCGGUAUCAUGUUUGAUAGCACACCUGACGUUUCACAUGUUGAUCAAAUGUCUGAAGUGAUUCGUUAUGUAAAAAUUAAUAAUAGAAAAGUAGAAGUCAAAGAAGUAUUCUUAGGAUUCUUUCCUUUACAUGGAAAAAAAGCAGCUGACUUAAGCGCUGAAAUACUAAAGAAGCUUGAAAACGAUGGCUUAGAUAUUAUGAUGUGUCGUUCUCAAGGUUAUGAUAAUGCUGCAGUUAUGAGUGGUAUACACGGAGGAGUACAAGCUAUUAUAAAAGAAAAAAACAAUAAAGCAAUUUUUAUUGGUUGUAUAGAUCAUUCAAUUAAUUUAUGCGGCCAACAUUCGUUCGCACAAAAUGUGACUUGUGUUACAUUUUUCGGAGCAGUGGAAACAAUAUUUAACUUUUUUUCAACUUCCACAAGUCGUUGGGAAGUGCUCCUCAAUCACAGCAAAGCAUCUGUUAAAAGACUUUCGACAACGCGAUGGAGUGCUCAUUACGGUGCAGUAAAAGUAUUGGCUGAAAAUUUUGAUGGGAUAAUAUCUGCAAUUGAGGAACUAUGUGACCAAGACGUAAAUUUAGAAACUAGAGGUGCUGCACAAAAUCUUAUGCCUGCUGUGUGCAAUUUCUCAUUUCUUUGUUUUCUUUUCUUUUGGAAUGAUGUGCUAAGGGAAGUGAACAAUGCUCAGAUCGCAUUACAAAGUAAAGGUUUAUGUGUUGAUGAAAUAAUCAUAAAACUAGAAGCACUUCGUCUAUUCAUUGGAGAGAAACGGUUGCAUCUAGCAGAAGAGGCAAUAGAUUUUGCUGUACAAAAAUCGGAAAAAUACAACAUUUCGAUGGAACGACGAAUUCGUCGCAAGAAACGCAUGCCCGGUGAGUUAGCGUCGUCCACCGAGGCUGGACUUACACUUAGAGCGGAACUUCAAAAGGACAUGUUAGAAUGCAUUGACAGAUUCAAUAUUGAACUCGAAACAAGAGUAAAGUCCAUUAAAGACGUAGCUUCAUUGUUUGAGGUUGUGCAGUCAAAGACCUUGCUUUCGGCAAACACUGAACAGUUAAAAUUAGCUAUAUCAAAAUUUACUAACCUUUACGAUGAAGUAUCAGAAACAGAACUCCUUUUAGAAAUACCAAGAUUGAGAAGACAUUUAAAAGCGGCUAAUAUUACUGUCUCUAAUUGGGUGAUACUGGACUUUUUGAAAUUUAUUGUGGAAUGGGAUUUUACAGAAUCUCUUCCGAAUCUAACGGUAGCACUAAAGUUAUUUAUAACAAUAUGUGCAUCAGUAGCUUCAUGUGAGAGAAGUUUCAGCAAAUUAAAAUUAAUUAAAAAUUAUUUGCGGUCUACAAUGACCGAAACCAGAUUAAACAAUCUUGGUAUUUUAACGAUAGAACAUGAAGCAACACAAAAUAUAAAUUUUGAAGACGUGAUUUCGGAGUUCGCUAGUGUCAAAGCUAGAAGGAAGAAAUUUUAAUUUUUAACAAACUAAAUUUGUUUUACAUAAUAAACAAAUAUUUGUAAUAGUUUCGAUUGAGUUUUAGGGUGACACCUAUAAAAUCCGC